CAGCUCGAAUUGCCUCUUGUGUAGCAGACUGCAUGCAGCAGCUAUGUCACACCGUUGUCUUUAUAGAUAUUUACAGAAGCUGUGCUGGAGAAGACAACCAGCUAGGUUAAUACAGUGUUGGGGUGCCUCAGCUAUUCACAAAAAGGACAGUGAGCCGUUGUUCUUAUCGAAUAUAAUAAGUGACCUGCAAAUUCGAGGUAUUAAUACCUUCAGUCAGCGUACUCACAGUUGUGGUGAGUUCCGUCGCUCACACAUUGGGGAGGAGGUCAAAGUCUGUGGAUGGGUACAGUACAAGAGACUGAUUUUCUUCGUGCUUCGAGAUUGGUCAGGGCUAGUGCAGGUCUUCCUUCCAGAUAGUAUGGUCAGUAUUUUGAAGGAUCUGCCAUAUGAAUCUGUUGUGGAGGUCACUGGGACAGUCCAGGCCAGAAAAGAAGGGGAAGAGAACCAGGCAAUGGAAACAGGAGAAAUUGAAAUUCUAGCAAGCAGUAUAAAAGUCCUCAACAUGUGUCAGAAGGAACUUCCUAUAAAUCUAAAUAUCAGAGCAACAGAAACAAAUGAGGCCCAGAGGAUGAAGUACCGAUAUCUGGAUCUGAGGAGUGAGCAGCUGCAGACAAAUCUACGUCUCAGAUCAUACAUGACCAUGAAGAUACGAGAGUUCUUGUAUGGCCAUGGUUUUGUGGAUGUGGAUACACCAACCCUCUUUAGGAGAACACCAGGGGGUGCCAAAGAGUUUCUAGUUCCCAGUAAUCACCCUGGAAAGUUUUAUUCUCUGCCACAGAGCCCACAACAGUUUAAACAAAUGUUAAUGGUGGGAGGUAUGGAUAGGUAUUUUCAAAUUGCAAAGUGUUAUAGAGAUGAAGGCAGUAAGCCUGACAGACAACCAGAAUUUACUCAGGUUGAUUUAGAGCUGUCGUUUACAACACAAGAAGAUGUUAGAAAUCUGAUUGAGAGUCUGUUACAGUACUGUUGGCCAAAUGUUGAUGAGCGGCUAACAGUACCAUUUCCUACCAUGACGUACCAUGAAGCAAUGGUACAAUAUGGCUCAGAUAAGCCAGACACAAGGUUUGAGAUGAAGCUCCGUUUGGUAGAUGAUUUAAUGUUGGAUUGUGGAAUCACAAAGAUAGAAGAGAGCAUGAAGCUGGCAGGAGCCCAUAGUGUGGCUCUUGUUAUCCCACAAGGAUCUAUGUUUUCAAGAAAACAGAGUGAAAACCUGCAGAAAGAACAGAAAUUCAUAUCUAUCAGGAUUGGAAAGGCAGGUGAUUUUAAGGCUAACACAAAUCGCUUAAAAGCCGAAACAGUCCAGAGGCUGUCAUCCAAAUUAAAUGUCCAAGAAGGCGACCUGAUUGUGUUAGUUUGUGGAGAAGGUUACGACCCUUAUGAAAUGUGUGGUAAAAUACGAACAAAAGCAGCAGCUCUUUUACAGGAAAAAGGAGUGGCAUUAUUUCCUCGAAACCAGUACAACUUUUUAUGGGUUGUGGACUUCCCGCUGUUUUUACCUGCAGAAUCUGGAGUUGGACUAGAUCCUGCCCAUCACCCUUUCACUGCACCACAUCCAGAUGAUGAACCUUACCUUAAAACAGACCCUUUAAAAGUAAGAAGCCAGCAUUAUGACCUAGUACUGAAUGGAGCAGAAAUAGGGGGAGGGUCCAUUCGAAUACAUGACUCAGACACCCAGAGAUAUGUCAUAGAGCACAUCCUAAAGGAGGACAUUAGCCAGUUACGACAUCUUAUUGAGGCCCUUAGUCUUGGAUGUCCCCCACAUGGUGGUAUAGCUUUAGGGUUAGAGAGAAUGUUGGCCAUUAUCUGUGGUACUAACAGUAUCCGUGAUGUCAUCGCUUUCCCUAAAACUGCGGAGGGCAGGGAUCCAGUAAGUGGAGCCCCCACAGAGAUUUCUGAAAGUGACCUAGCUCAAUAUCACAUACAGGUGAAGCCUGUCAAGUGAAAGGGUCACAAAGGGAGUGAAAUAGCUGUACAUCAUAUACAAGUUAAACCUAUCAAAUCAAAGGGUCACAUUGGAAGUGAAAUAGCUGUAUCAUAUACAAGACAAACCUAUCAAGUGAAAGGGUGAUAUAUAUGACAGGUUAAAACCUAUCUAGUGAAAUAGCUGUAUAUCAUUUACUGGCUAAACCUAUCAAGUGAAAGUGUGCUCUAAAUGACAUGCAUAAACCUA